GCCGCCCAGGCCCCUGGGGAUGCCCCGCGGCGAGGCGGCCCCGCCCGAUCCGCACUCAUGGCGGUGGCCAGGAAGAUCAAAACUUUGCUGACGGUCAACAUCCUGGUGUUCGUGGGCAUCGUCCUCUUCUCCGUGUACUGCCGCCUGCAGGACCGCUCUGCCGCGCUGGUGCAGGUCGUGCGCGGCGCCGACCGCCGGGUGCGCAGCCGGCACGCCAAGGUGGGCGCGCUGGCCGACCGCGAAGCCAUCCUGCAGCGUCUGGACCACCUGGAGGAGGUGGUCUACAACCAGCUCAAUGGUCUUGCAAAACCCAUCGGCCUGGUAGAGGGGCCAGGUGGCCUGGGUCAGGGAGGCGUGGCGGCCACUCUGCAGGAGGACAGCCAGGAGAGGGAAGGCAAGUACGAGGAGUAUGGCUACAAUGCCCAGCUCAGCGAUCGCAUCUCCCUGGACAGGACUAUCCCCGACUACAGGCCCAAAAAGUGCAGACAGCUGACCUACUCGGGUGACCUGCCCCAGGUCUCCGUGGUCUUCAUCUUCGUCAACGAGGCCCUGUCUGUCAUCCUGCGCUCCGUGCACAGCGUGGUCAACCACACGCCCUCCCAGCUGCUGAAGGAGGUCAUCCUGGUGGAUGACAACAGUGACAACGUGGAGCUCAAGUUCAACCUGGAUCAGUACGUCCACCGGAGGUACCCUGGCCUGGUGAAGGUCGUCCGCAACAGCCGGCGGGAAGGCCUGAUCCGCGCGCGGCUGCAGGGCUGGAAGGUGGCCACGGCCCCUGUGGUCGGGUUCUUCGAUGCCCACGUGGAGUUCAACACCGGCUGGGCCGAGCCUGCCCUCCUGCGCAUCCGUGAGGAUCGGAGGCGCAUCGUCCUGCCGGCCAUCGACAACAUCAAGUACAGCACCUUCGAGGUGCAGCAGUAUGCCAGCGCUGCCCACGGCUACAACUGGGGGCUCUGGUGCAUGUACAUCAUCCCACCCCAGGACUGGCUAGACCGUGGGGAUGAGGCGGCACCCAUCAGGACCCCCGCCAUGAUCGGCUGUUCCUUCGUGGUGGACCGCGAGUACUUCGGGGACAUCGGCCUGCUGGACCCGGGCAUGGAGGUGUACGGUGCGGAGAACAUCGAGCUGGGGAUGAGGGUGUGGCAGUGUGGCGGCAGCAUGGAGGUGCUGCCCUGCUCCCGCGUGGCCCACAUCGAGCGCACCAAGAAGCCCUACAACAACGACAUCGACUACUACGCCAAGCGCAAUGCUCUGCGGGCCGCGGAGGUGUGGAUGGAUGAGUUCAAGUCCCACGUGUACAUGGCCUGGAACAUCCCCAUGACCAACCCAGGGGUGGACUUCGGGGACGUGUCUGAGAGGCUGGCCCUGCGCCAGAGGCUGAAAUGCCGCAGCUUCAAGUGGUACCUGGAGAAUGUGUAUCCCGAGAUGAGGACCUACAACAACACCCUCACGUACGGAGAGGUGAGAAACAGCAAGGCCAGUGGCUACUGCCUGGACCAGGGUGCGGAGGACGAUGACCGGGCCAUCCUCUACCCCUGCCACGGCAUGUCCUCCCAGCUGGUGCGGUACAGUGCUGACGGCCUCCUGCAGCUGGGCCCCCUGGGCUCCACGGCCUUCCUGCCCGACUCCAAGUGCCUGGUGGACGAUGGCCGGGGACGCACGCCCACCCUGAAGAAGUGUGAAGAUGUGGCCAGGCCGGCACAGCGGCUGUGGGACUUCACGCAGAGUGGCCCCAUCGUGAGCCGGGACACGGGCCGGUGCCUAGAGGUAGAGAUGUCCAAAGACGCCAACUUCGGGCUCCGGCUGGUGGUGCAGAGGUGCUCAGGGCAGAAGUGGAUGAUCAGGAACUGGAUCAAGCACGGGCAGCACUGACCUUGCCCCCAGAGCCGCUGUCCAGGACAUGGGCACUGGUGGACCUUGGGGAGCCCUGGGCAAGCCCGGGCUGGAGCCAGGACUGCCUCACACCACCCACCCCCCCGGGCAGGCUGGGCCAUGUGCCCGGGACAGGGGAGGCCUGGCGCCUGCGGCCAUAGCCACCAUGUCGGGGACAGACCCUCCCAGGACGGGCAGCUCUGCCAAGGGAGGGUGUCCGAGGACUGGGACUCCCGCGCGACUCACGUGCCUUUCUACAGAGAUCCUCCUCAGGCUGCCGGGACAGCCGCCCUGCAUGUGCCGAAGCCCUAUGAACUCACCCCAGCUACUCACGCCCUGGGACGAGGACCAGCACCACCCUCCAUGCACACGCUCCCUCCCAGCAGACAGAGCUCGCGCCCCUCGGCCAGCUCUCCUUCGGCCAGCUCUCCUUCGGCCAAGGCCAAAGCCGGAGGGCAGCUCCGAGAGAUCCGGGAAGAAGCGACAGCUGCCCUGGUCCCAAGGGCGACUGAGGCCAGGCCCAGGAGGCCACUCUGCUGCUCCGGGAGGCUUGGGAGGGGCCAGCAGCAGAGACGAAGCCACCUGCCUCGGGGAGCUGGAGAAAGCCCUGCGGGCAGGGGCUCUGCUUCUGCCAGCCCUCGCUGGACCAUGCCCCUGCUGCCCCCUGGAUCUGUGCCCUCUGUGGCAGAGGCAGCUGCGGACGCCCACCUCUCGCCUGUUUUUAUAAAUAAAGUCUUACGUGGCACUUACGUGGCACUCAGCCACCCCGCUGUUGGCGUCUUGUCGUGGCCCCAUGUGGGCUGCAGGUGCUCAGCUGAGACGUGGCCUUGGGGCUCUAGCCUCAGGGAAAUGUCCCAGUCCUGGAGGACACACGGCUCUCCCACCCUCAUGUCCUGGAGAGCUGCCUCCACAGCCUGGACCAGGCGAGGGGGUGGGGCAGGUGUGGAGUGGCCAGAACUCGCCUCACAGCCAGCUGGCCACAUGGAGGGAGAGGAGAGGGUCAGCUCCGGCCUCUCUGCAGCUGGCAGGAUGCAGAACAGAAUUCUCCUGCCCAGGUUUCAGAACAGUGUCCCCACGGCCCCAGCCUGCUUCACUCGGGGUCACUGAUGCUCAGGACUGUUGCCCUCGCCCCACACUGCAGCACCCACCAGGCACCUCUGGGGUUUGCUGGCAGCCGGAGUGCAUGUGCUUCCUGGGGCUGGCCUCAUGUAGUCAUGCUCACCCCUGCUGCUGAAGGCCAGGCUUGCAUUCCCUCCCCAGGCAGAGCCUCCAGGCCUCUUUCCUGGCCUUGCAGGGAGAGUGUAUCUGCCUGGUGGCUUCCAGUGUCCCCGCCCGUCGGGCAGCCUGGAGAGUGGCUGGCUUCGCUCUUGGACAUCAGCUGGAGAGACUGGAAGAUUCGUCUUCACCCUGUCCCACCCUCCUGGCCACAGUCAGGGACUCACCCCGGGUGGCUAGUGGAGUCACCAGCCACAGGGGACCUCAGGGAACCACAGGCAAACUUCCAUCCUAGGGGUGGUCCUCCCAGGCCCCCUGUGGGGGGCACGGCCUCCAGCAGGAGGGAGGCCCCUGUGUGGCAGCAGGGGCUGUCCUGUGUCCCCAGGGCUCCUGCCUCCUGUGGCGGGGACUGCGGGUGCCCCAAGGCUCCCUGCAGCAGGCGGCCACCCACUGUGUGUCACCCCAGAGUUCAUUCCCAAGAGCCCGAUGCUCAGGAGGGGGAGGAAGAGGCCCAGGACCCUGCUAUUGAAGACGUGCCCAUAGCACUGAGGCCAGUGUCCAGUCGACCCUGACCACGAUGUAUGCCCACGCUGAGACCAACUUCACAUGGAGGACGGUGGCCUGCACUGCCAGGAACCCCAGCCAAAGCCUUCCGCCUCAAAACAUGUCGAGUACCCCAGACAGCAGAGCCAGCCCAGUGUGGGGGGCAGAGCAGAUGGGAGAGGAGGGGUCACCCAGGUCCAGGUGACCCCAACCACACCCUGUGCUGCCUUUCCUGCCUUUCCUGCUCAGCACUUGUCUUUCCUUUUUAAACAACAAUAGUGUUUUAAGUGGCAAAGGUACAAGCAAAUAGGGUUUAAUAAAACCUAAUUCCCA